CGUCCUCCUCCUCCUUCUCCUCCUCGGGAGCCGCGGCAACUUCCCCUCAGCCAGCCUGCUCCGCCGGGGGACCGCAAAGGCAUGGGAUAGACCCAGAGCCGCUUCUCGCCGCCUCCCCGCCAGCCCUCGCUCAGUUUCGCCCCUUUAAAUUAAAGUCCGGUCCUCGCGCCUGGUCCUCGUAGAGGUUUCCCGGGCAGUCUGUUCUUUCCCGAUUGCCUUCUCCCCCCGCGGGGCAGGGUCCUUAGGGCCGGUGGGCUUAUGCCAGGGAGGGGCUCUCCGCCAGCCCACCCGCUCCGCGCCGCCGCCCCUCUGGCCGGGCCUCGGUCGCCCCGCUCCCGUCCGCUCCCACCCGUGGAACUCGCCGUCCUGCACUCGAGUGACGCACCGACGCCCCCGCCCGCGGCCAGACGUCCCCUCCCCGGCUGCCCGCCCGCCCCGUCUCGGAGCUGGACCGGGCGCGGACUUCCUUGCAGAAGGAUAUAUGUUGGGUAAAGGAGGAAAACGGAAAUUUGAUGAGCAUGAAGAUGGGCUGGAAGGCAAAAUCGUGUCUCCCUCCGACGGUCCGUCCAAGGUGUCUUACACCUUACAGCGCCAGACUAUCUUCAACAUUUCCCUUAUGAAACUCUAUAACCACAGGCCCCUGACAGAGCCCAGCUUGCAAAAGACCGUUUUAAUUAACAACAUGUUGAGGCGGAUCCAGGAGGAACUCAAGCAGGAAGGCAGCCUGAGGCCUGUGUUCACCCCCUCCUCCCAGCCCAGCGACUCACUGAGUGACAGCUACCGAGAGGCACCACCCGCCUUCAGCCACCUCGUGUCCCCUCCCACUCACCCCUGCGACCUGGGAAGCACUACAUCCCUGGAGGCCUGCCUCACCCCAGCCUCCCUGCUCGAGGACGACGAUGACACGUUUUGCACUUCACAGACUGUGCAGCCCGCAUCUCCUCCCAGACUCUCCCCUCCAGCCCUUGCGCAGGAAAAGGACAGCUUCUCCUCGGCCUUGGACGAGAUCGAGGAGCUCUGUCCCACAUCUACCUCCACAGAGGCCGCAGUGGCAGUGACUGACAACUUGAAAGGGACCUCCAGCGGGGCUAGCAUCCCAAAACCCGAGGGGUCCCAGGAGGGCCGCACGGAUGACUCAAAACUGAUGGACUCUCUGCCCAGCAAUUUUGAAAUAACAACAUCCACAGGUUUCCUGACAGACUUGACCUUGGAUGACAUCCUGUUUGCCGACAUCGACACGUCCAUGUAUGAUUUUGACCCCUGCACUUCUGCAUCAGGGACAGCCUCAAAAAUGGCCCCUGUGUCGGCCGAUGACCUCCUUAAGACCCUGGCUCCUUACAGCAGUCAGCCCGUCACCCCAAGUCAGCCUUUCAAAAUGGACCUCACAGAGCUGGACCACAUCAUGGAGGUGCUCGUUGGGUCAUGAGACCCAGGGACCCGGUAACAGUGCCCGCCGAGACACUGCGGGCGUUCCCACCACCCUGACAAUUCUCCGCACUGUGCAUGUACCCUUGCUUGCCUUUUUCAGAGAAAAAGAAAAUUUUACAAAAGGAUCACAUUAGUUUUUGCUUUGAGCAGAGUUGGAGUGCCUUCAUCCAAGUGUGACCACUUUUAAUACGCUUUUUUGAGUGGUUCCUCAGAGACCUGCUACGCUGGUAUAGGAAAGAGUACAUUUGAAGACAAUGUCGUUAAUGUGGAAUGACGAACAUAAAACAGUUAAAGUGAAGCACAAGGAUUAAGUUGGAAAAGCUGUAAAUUGCAUGUGCAUAUUUGUCUAUUUUUUCUAUAAGUUUUAUUGCAAGAGGUAAAAAAGAAAAAAUAUAUAUAUUAUUUAGAUAAUCUCAGUACCUUUCCUGGCAUUUUUGCCCUGUAUAGGUUGACUUGGCAAUUCAGCCUUUUAAGAGGCAUUAACUACUCCUCGUAAGUGUCGCAUUUACCUGGCUGUUUAGAAAACUGCUGCCCAAAUUUAUUUUAUAUUUUUGUACAGAUUCUGCAGUUUAUGAUAUUGUUUUUCUAAAAAACAAAUGCUGUUUAUACAUAUAAGAUAGCUAUUUUGAUAGGAUUUGCUCACAUAGUUCCUGCAAACUUCAGAUGUACAAGUUGCACUUGUACUUUUAUAGAGUUGUAAUGUUUUAUAUGUGUAUGGUGCAAGAGAAAAUUGGAUCAAAUCAAUCUGCAGUUGAUGUCCCCAGAUGCACACACACACACACACACACACACACACAGCCUUUUAAGAAAGGGCCAGGUGAUAUCACACCCAAAUUUCACAAGCACGACCCCCUGGCACGAACACCCGCCAGUACUGUGACUUCCAAAGCCAGAGCCAUGUCUGCUCAUCAAACUUGCAUUAAGCAGUUGGCGGGAGACUGCAGUGGAGCUCGGGGUUGAGUGAUGGUUCUCCUUAGCUCCCUCCUUGGAGGGAAGGCUAUCGUCUUACUAAAAGUGUAUUUAUGCCAAGUUUGCGCUUUUAAUUGUUUUUAUUUUUUAAAAUGAAAACCCCUGUCUUUCCUUUUUGGCGUAGUUUUUAUGAUGAACCUGUUAUUUUACAUAUGAACAAAAUUUUAUGAGAAGCAACCAACUUCUUCAUGGAACUGAGCCCUAUUUCAGUGCUUAGGGCUCAUAAAGAAAAAAUUCUACCCAGAAGGCAUCCAUCAUGUUGCUGAAUUGUCUUUUCCAGCAUCCCUUCCCCAGAGCUUUUGUUCCCUCUGUUGCUAAGAGCUGAAAAUGGCAUCUUCACGAUCAGCUCAGUGAGCCCGGCUCACCUCAGCCGGCGGGGGUGCACGCUCCCCACACCGUGACUCUUGAGCCUGGAGCACUCACGCUCCUCCACGGCACCCUGUCUGGUCGGUUUCUUAAAUCAGUUGCUCAUUUAUCCACACUUCACAAGGCUGCUUUACCCAAACACACAAACAGGAGUCUCUAUGCAUGUUUCCCCUCUCCUGCCUCCCAGAACACACUUAAGAAGUAGCUUUUUAUUCCUAGUGAUGUACAUUUAAUUUUAAAACAUUUGCAAUGUAUCAUGCUUGUUGCUGAGAUUGUUCAUGGCCUUCUGUUUCAGUUUUUUCUUUCUUCCAAUGGUACUUUAGCUGUUGAGUGCAGGUUACAACCUAUAUUGUUAGGCAGAUGGCUUCUUUAGAAAUAACUUUUAUAUUUAUUUAAAAAUGUUUAAAUUAUGGGAUUUUGUUUUUUUGUUGUUGUCGUUGUCUUUGUUGUUGGUCAUUUGUCAAUAUUAAGUCACCAGUUCUGCUCACUUCUUGCCAUGGAUACAAUUGGGUCUUUCUGGCCAAUUUAAAAAAAAAACAACAACUUUAUAAAAUGGCACUUUAAACAAGCCAUAGAUAGUUUUAUUUUUGUAAUGCACAUGGCAAAACAAAUACAUUUGUGAUGAAGGAACUGCUCGUCUAAGCAAAAGAUUCAUGUAUGAUAUGAUUAAGUCUUUCUGCAUUCUAAUUUACUUUUUCCCCAUUUGAAUGUUUUAAAGGCUAAUUAUCAACUCAGUAGAGCAGUGAGAAACUGAUGAAAUUGCCCUCAGUCUCCUCCAAGCAGCCCUCACGCAGACACCUCUUACUGCUGCACAUGUGUCAUUUCCUUUAUAUGGGACCAGGGACCAUAUAAUUAAGGCGAGGGCUGUUGUAGAUGCUUCCAGUGUCACUGUGCCUGUCCAUUUCAAGCGCUUCCCUCUUUUCUGGUGGAGAGCAAGUCUGCCCAGACCCAUGCUUUUCAUAACUGGAGAAGCCUGCAAACUGGCCACGUGCUGCACACAUCUACAUACAUGUACAUGUACACAUGCAAUAGUGUUGAUUAUUCUGAACAAUAACGGCAUAAAGCAGUUGAUUUGCCAUUGUUGGAAACUGAUUUACAGUAACUUAGAACAACUGUACUUUCGUUAGAUUAGCAAAUCAUGUGUUUAAACAAAUCCCAUAUGUUGGGCAACAGUUCAAAUAAGCACAGAAAAGCAUUGCCCAAACUUGGUUCUCUGACUCUCAUGUAUUUGUAAGGCUGGGCUUAGAAAUCAAAACAAAAACCCCCAACAACAGCAGGCAAGUGCUUUUUAACUCUGACGUCCUCGCUGUAAAUUCUUGAUGCUCAAAGUCUAAUGAGACCUACAUGGGAAACUCGGUGGCCCAUUUUCAGAAAGAGCAAAGCCAUCAAGAGUUCAAAGUGUCUCUGUGUCCUAUUUUUACUAAGUGAUGUCCCAACAGGGAAGAGCAGCAGCCAGAGUGGGCUGUCCAGGUCUCAGAUGCAGUGUGGGAUGUGCUUCCAGAUGCCUCCUGGCAGCAGUGCCUUCCCCUGUACAGAAGACAUCACGUGGCCUCCAGAGCCAGGCAGGCAGCUCGAGGUACCUUUUAUGAGGAAGCCGUGCUGGGCGGGGCUGGGCUGGGAGAGGACAGUUUUUGACAAGGAUGUGCAAUCAAGUGGCAAGACGAGAGCAGAAUCCUGAGAGCUUUGAAUUUGAAGUGAUUUUUUUUCCCCAUAAGUUAUUUAUUCUUUUUUUUCUGUGUAAAUAUAUUUAUUUUACUGUGGAGCUCUAACAACUUCUGGUUGGUAACAUGUGCAGAAUGUAUGGUAGGAAUGUAUUCUCUUGUAGGAAUGUAAAUCUGUAUUAGAGGGGGUUGAAGCCAGCCGCCCCCCCCCCCCCGUCUUUUCAUUGAAUGCACAGUCCACAUUCAUUUUUACUCCUCGCUAAUAUGGGUCUAUUUGAAAUAUGCAAAAGGUAUGAAUGAGGGAUAUUUUAAUACCUCCAAAUUUUUAAGAAAAUCAAGCAUCAAAGGGUUGAUAUUUUUUAAAGUUUUCUUAGUAGCACUUUCUCUUGAUGACAAAAGGGGCGACCACACGGGCACCCACAUUCAUACCAAAGGGUGAGAAAUGACCAGGGCCUCCUACACCUGAGUGUCUUGAUCAAUUGAGCUUUUUAUCGCCAUAGCCCCUUGGAGUGCCCCAACCACCCUGAGGUCAAUCAAGGAAAAUUUCUUAACUGAAUAAGCUCCAAAGAGCCAAAGUAUCAACUUACGGAUCAUUUUUAAAGCUUAAAUUUAUUAACCACCUUUGCAGUAAACAAUGAAUUAUGGAUACUGCAAAGGCAGCCUUCUUAAAUGACAGAUAUUUUAAAAAAGACUCUACCUUGUGCAGCGAUUGUUAUUCUAGUCUAUAUGAAUUGUCUUAAUUGCAAAAUCUUGCUGUUAAAAAUUGGACCUUUGUACAUUUUCUGGAAAUACUGAAAAGAGCAUAUUUAACGUAGCUGUAAGUGGUUAACUUCCUGUAACUGCCCCCCUGACCUGGGUGGCAGCGAGCUGUGUGCGUCCUGCUUAUGUACAAUUGUUUUCAAUGCUUCCAAGAAGGAGUCUAAAUGGUUCUUGAAAAUUAGCCAGGGUCAAAUGCUGUUGCAGAUAAAGCCAAUAAACAUUUUGGACUUCUUUUGGGGAUAACAGGUAUGGAAGAGAAGUGCAGUCCAUAUGUACAAACAACCGAGAUUUUGAGAAAGAUGUACAUAGUGACACGUUUGGUGCAUGGGUUUUGAGGAGGGCUUUUUGUCACAAAGGAGGUGUGACCUUUCCCCACAGACCUGAGAGCUGUGCCUUUUCUAUGCAAUAUUACAGAUGUCACAUCAGAACCCAGAGGGCUGUGUUCAAUGUAGGUUUGGGCUGUAAUCGAAAUAAUUGGACAGAUUAAAUGUACAUGGGAAUGAGCAGUCUUACUUUUGUAGUUUUAUAUUAUAUAAUAAACAGUUAAAAGAUGA